UAGUCAGAGCAAGGAGGAGUUCCUUCAGGACACAACGACGUCGUAGCAUGGACUCCGCAGUGUCUACUCUCUCGCUACGAGUAACUGAGGAAAAGCAGUGAAGUGAAGCAACCUGAAAAUUGCAGCUCAAAACCCUAGUGAAAUUCACAAGCAAAUCCAUCAAACAAAAGGAGAGCUCCAGCAGCUAGAAUUCGAUUGCGAAUGGCGAUAUCGGGAGAUCUUAGGGUUUCGGCAGCUCUGAGUCCGUACAAAUUCAACCCACUUCGCACCACACUGCAUUUUCCCCCUUCUAAGGUGGAUUGUAAUGUGUUUGCUAAUGGUGCAUCCAGUGUUUCUGAGGCUAUGCCAAGAUGUGUUCGUGCAGCACUUGAUGUCCACAGCACAAGAUGCCACUCUAGACGGCCUCUUGGAGUUUUUGGAGAAUAUAAGCUUUCACAAAAUUCCAUCAGCCAGGAGGUUGAGAAUUUCCUCCUCCAUGCAAUUAACAUGAACUUCUUCGAGCGUUUAAACUUGGCUUGGAAGAUAAUGUUCCCAUCACCUACAUCGAGAAAGAAUUCUAAUGCAAACAUUGCCAAGCAACGUCUCAAGAUGAUUCUUUUCUCAGAUCGUUGUGCUGUCAGUGAUGAGGCAAAACAGAAGAUAGUAAGCAAUGUUGUCAGCGCGCUAUCUGAUUUCGUUGAGAUAGAAUCACAGGAUAAAGUUCAAUUGAGCGUCUCAACGGAUCCAGAUCUUGGUACCAUUUAUUCUGUCACAGUGCCAGUGAGGCGGGUGAGAUCAGAAUAUCAAAUAGACGAUGAAACUGGAACGAUAACAAAUAUCGAAUACAAAGACACUGGAGAAACUUCUGGUUCUGUUGAUGUCAAGUUUGAUUUUUACAUUCCUAGCGACAAAUUCAAGGAUUUUAGUGUGUGAAAUGAGGCGAUUCUUGAGAAGCUGGACGGGACCUGUAUGUUUGCUCGAUAUUGUUCUUUUUCUUCUUUAUCUUUGUUUUUGCGAGCAAGUGGGAUGUCUUGGAUUCAUUCUCUGGGCAGAAUAUAUUCUGUAUAUAUAUCUGGAAAUCUCUUUCUACUUUCAA